AUGUUGCCUUCCGUUUCCUCUUUCUAUUUUCUUCCUGUCGUUCAUUCAUCUGUCGUACACUGUCUUCAACUGCCAGCUCCUACGACGAUCUAUCUCAGCUUAUUCAUAUCUAUCCUUUCCAAUCUAUUCAUAUCUAUCUAUCUCAGUUUAUUCAUAUCUAUCUAUCUAUCUAUCUAUCUAUCUAUCUAUCUAUCUAUCUAUCUCAGUUUAUUCAUAUCUAUCCUUCCCAAUCUAUUCAUAUCUAUCUAUCUAUCUCAGUUAAUUAUCUAUCUAUCUAUCUAUCUAUCUAUCUAUCUAUCUAUCUAUCUAUCUAUCUAUCUCAGUUUAUUUUUAUCUUCUAUUCUAUCCCAAUCUAUUCAUAUCUAUCUAUCUAUCUCAGUUAAUAUCAUAUCUAUCUAUCUAUCUAUCUAUCUAUCUAUCUAUCUAUCUCAGUUUAUUCAUAUCUAUCCUUCCCAAUCUAUUCAUAUCUAUCUAUCUAUCUCAGUUAAUUCAUAUCUAUCUAUCUAUCUAUCUAUCUAUCUAUCUAUCUAUCUAUCUAUCUAUCUCAUUAAUUCAUAUCUAUCUAUCUAUCUAUCUAUCUAUCUAUCUAUCUAUCUCAGUUUAUUCAUAUCUAUCCUUCCCAAUCUAUUCAUAUCUAUCUAUCUAUCUCAGUUAAUUCAUAUCUAUCUAUCUAUCUAUCUAUCUAUCUAUCUAUCUAUCUAUCUCAGUUUAUUCAUAUCUAUCCUUCCCAAUCUAUUCAUAUCUAUCUAUCUAUCUCAGUUAAUUCAUAUCUAUCUAUCUAUCUAUCUAUCUAUCUAUCUAUCUAUCUAUCUAUCUAUCUAUCUAUCUCAGUUUAUUCAUAUCUAUCCUUCCCAAUCUAUUCAUAUCUACGUAUCUAUCUCAGUUAAUUCAUAUCUAUCUAUCUAUCUAUCUAUCUAUCUAUCUAUCUAUCUAUCUAUCUAUCUCAAUUUAUUCAUAUCUAUCCUUCCCAAUCUAUUCAUAUCUAUCUAUCUCAGUUUAUUCAUAUCUAUGUAUCUAUCUAUUUAUCUAUCUCAGUCUGUUCUCUCUCAUUUCUAA